AUGAAAACACACUGGGAAUCAACCGCUGCGAAAAUGACGGAUACACAGCAUCUAGACGAGAAGGCGACGCAGUACAUUCAAGAAAUGAGGACUUGGCUCAAUGCUCAACCAUAUCUUCCUAAGGACAAUAUAGAUGACAUUUUCCUUCUAAGAUUCGUACACAGCUGUUACUACGAUAUAGAUAAAGCGAAGAUCGCGAUGGAGUUCUUCUUUACUCUAAGAUUAGCUUGCCCAGAGCUUCUCAAUAACAGAGAUCCUUUAUCCCCGGAAAUGCAAAAAGUGAUGGAAAUAGUGAAUCUGGGACAGAUAGCCACCCCCGAAGAUGAAUGCGUGUGGUUCUGGCAACUGAAUGAUCCUGGCUUAGAAUUCUACGACUACCUUCUGGAUGCCAAAUUUUUCAUGCUGUCCACGGAUUCCUAUUUCUUGGCGAAAAAGACGCUGCCGAAGGCUGACAUUGUAGUUUUGGAUGUAAAGGAUCUCAGUCUCAAAUUCUUGACCAAGUUUAACAUAUCCGUUGCUAGGAAACUUGCAAAAUAUCAAGAGGGUGCCAUUCCAAUCAGACUAAAACAGGUUCACCUCAUCAACGCAUCGUCAGCCAUGGACAAGAUAUUUGGGCUAAUGAAACCGUUUCUCAAGAAAGAAUUGACUGAUUUGGUGCAUUUUCACACAGCAAAGUCUGACACCCUAUACAAGUACGUACCUAAGGAAAACCUGCCAGCAGACUACGGUGGCCCACACCCGCCCCUAGCUGAACAGCAUAAGGAGCUUGUCUCUGUCAUCUUGAGUAAAAGAAAAGAACUAAUGGAUGAUACACUAUGGCGAGCGAUACCGAGUGAUAAGAAGAAGAUUAGCAAUCCUAGCCCUCCUAUUGUUUCCUCAUUUAGGGCUCUCGCUAUAGACUAG